AUGGCGAACCUUUGGUUUCAUUUUUCCUUCUCCAUGUUCUCAUUCCUUUGCUAUCUCAUGGUCUGUCUUACUUUAUGUCACACCAAUUUCACCAAAAAUGAUGAACUAGCACUUCUUGCUCUCAAAAAUUCUGUGAGAGACCCAUUCAAUCACUUGGCUAAUUGGUCUAACUCUUCCUCCAUUUGCAAUUGGGUUGGGGUUACUUGUGAUUCUGAAGAUGAGAGAGUAAGUGUAUUGAAUCUUGCUCACAUGAGUCUAAUGGGCACCUUACCAUCACAAGUGGGGAAUUUGUCCUCCCUUUUUGAACUUGACCUUCAUAAUAACAACUUUCAUGGUGAGUUACCGAAGGAGCUGCUGCAGUUACACAAGUUGAAAAUUCUCAACCUUAGCUAUAAUGAAUUUGAUGGGAAAAUUCCAGCUUGGAUUGGAAGUUUAUUUUCUCUUCGACACCUGAUCUUUCAUGAUAAUAGUUUCCAGGGCAUUAUUCCUCCAAGUGUAUUGAAUUUGUCAAACUUAGAGACUUUGGAUUGGAAUAGCAAUUUGAUCCAUGGAUCUAUUCCACUUGAGAUUGGAAGGCUUCAACAUUUAAAUAUUUUACGUAUAGCAAGGAACAAUCUUUCAGGAAAUAUACCUCCAACUAUUUCUAGCUUAUCUUCACUUGAGCUGAUGUCUUUGUCAUUCAACUCCUUAAAAGGAGAUAUUCCGGAAACAAUUGGUGCUCUCACAAACAUGAAAAUUAUAUACCUAGGGAUUAACAAGUUGUCUGGCCAAAUACCAAGAAGCAUUGGAAACUCAACUUUGCUUCAGGAAUUACAACUCAAUGACAAUAACUUGGAAGCCUCCAGUAAAUUUUCUGGCCAAAUACCAUCAACUUUCUUCAAUAUAUCUGAGCUGCAAGAGAUUGAUUUAAGUUGGAAUAAUUUGUCGGGAGGCAUUCCCUCAAAUAUAUGUCAUGGCCUUCCAAAUUUACAAGCUUUGCUUCUUCAAGGCAACAAAUUAUUUGGAGCUAUGCCAUCUAGUUGGAGACAAUGCAAGCAGCUCAAAACGUUAAGAGUUAGAAAUCAGCUUCUUUACAGCAAUUUGGUUAUUCUUUCUUCCCUCUUGCACCUGGGUCAUCGCUUGGAGUUUGAAAAGUAUCUCAAUUGCCGUAUACCCAAAACCAUCAUAAACUUGACCAUGCUGCAAUGGUUAAAUAUGAAUUCCAAUAAUUUGGAAGGUUUAGUACCUAUGGAAAUAGGCAAUCUUCAAAAGCUUGAGAUCAUAGAAUUGUCACAUAACAAGUUGAGCGGUUCUAUUCCAUUGAACAUGUUUAACAUUUCAACUUUGAAAUUCUUAGAUCUUGAAAGCAAUUUUAUAUCUGGAAAUCUUCCAUCAAAUUUUGGGAAUCUCACUAGUUUCUUUGAACUAUCCUUGGAAGAAAACAUCUUGACAGGAUCAAUUUCAAAAGCAAUUGGUGGCUUAUUAGAUCUUCAAUAUUUGAAUCUUAAAGGCUUUAUUCCAACAACUCUAGGUGGCUUGAAUAAUUUGCAAGAUCUAUCCCUAGCACAUAACAAUUUGCAAGGAAAUAUUCUUGAAUCAUUUGGAAAUAUGUUGAGCUUAGUAAAUUUGGACCUUUCUAAGAAUAAUUUGUUUGGGAAGAUUCCUAAAUCUCUAGAGUUGCAUAUUGAUCUUAAGUAUGUCAAUCUCUCUUAUAACAAACUCCAAGGAGAGAUUCCAAAUGGAGGAGUUUUUAAAAAUUUGACUCCUGAAUCUUUUAUGAUGAAUCAAGCUCUUUGUAGCAAGCCACAACUCAAAGUGCCUCCUUGA